GUUACAUAUGUAACUGUGAUAAGCGAUGGUUAAGUAGGGUAAAUAAUCAAGGUCAUUUAGUCGACUUACACUGUAUCAACAUGGAGAUAUGUAAAGAUAUUUUCAGAUUUUACUUAAUUUAUCUGUUGGUUCAUAAUUCUAGUGAAUUCCUCCUAGGACAUAAGGAAUACCAGAAUUUUACAAAGUCUCAAAGAAAUGUUUUAACCACAACUGAAAAUGCUGGUUCGAUUUGUUGCACGCACGGGCAAUGGGAAGCGAACGCUUACUUAAAUGUGGGAACUACGAUGUCAAUGAAUAACGAAACAGUGUAUUUCUUCUAUAACGGAUCAGGAAAUGUUGCUUUUGAUAAAGUAAACCAGCGGGCAUAUGUCAAUUACCAGCUGACUGCAUUUUCUCCAAUUAUACCUACACAUUACCGUUUUAAAACGACAAAGAUUUUCGACUUUGUAAAGGGAAUAAUGUACGAAAUUGACGAACAAGGUAAAUGUGCAAAAGAAAACAGCGAACAAACACUACAGAUAGUUUGUAUUCCUCAAAGUGCAAACCAGCUGUCUCAAGGUGUGUUUGGAGGUGAAAACGUUUCAACGUACCAGUUUUCAAAGAAAGAUUUCCUAGAAGAAAUAACCACAGUUACAGUACUUCAAAAUGGAAGUUACUGUGAGACUGUUUCCUUGUCUUACGCCUUUUUCUCCGACGACCCUGAUACACUAGGAGGGUCAGUAUACGAUCUGGAUGUUGUCGAUCUCUCCCAUGGAAUCAAAGACCCGUCCAUUUUUGUGCCACCAAAAUCUUGCGAUACUUAGAUACAUUGUACAUUUUGUUAUAUAGUUGGGCGACAUCCCUAAGCUACACCGAUUAUCUGUUUUACAGAUCGACAUUGGUUGAUUUAUCUGCACGAAUGCAAUAAUUUAUUUAUCUUUAUACUCUCUAUUGCAAAGUUGCACAUUAUGUAGUUGAUGAUAAAUCUUGAAAAUCAAAACCAAAUGAAAAAUAAAACAUGUAAAGAUAGAAAUAGAUAACAAACAAAUGUUUUGCUGAGUAUAGUGGUAGCGAGACCUUUGUUCGGGAUAUGGCGGGUGGUGUAUGCGUCUUUAACUGACUAGCAACAUAAGCAUUUAUCUGGGUGGUGAACAACAGCAGCAAGUAACCAUUGGUCACGUGAAAAUGUGUUAUAUUGAUAACAGAGUGUUAUAAGAUUGGCAUCUAAUUGCCCGAUUUAUAUCAUACUUAGGACCCGACUAUGAAAAAGCGCUACUUGACAGCUUAUUCCGAGCUAUAGCUCAACGAAAAUGACAAUCCAUAUGGAUUUUGUUCUUUCAAGUUGGCAAUGUUUUUAUUUUUUUUUAAGCUUAAAUACUUCGAUUUAUUUUAGUUCGCAUGGAUUAUAUUUGAAUCAUCGAGUGUUUCCUGCUAAAACAGUACUUGUGUCAUAUGAGAAGGCAUACUCGUAGCACAAAUGAGCACACGAUAUGGUCAAAUGUUGUUAUUAUUUGCCGGCUUCGGAUUGGUUAAAAAUGUGUAGGGAAACCCGUAGCAUUCAAUGAGACUUCAGCUGAUUGGUUAAAAAUGUGUUGCUUUGAAAUAUGAAAAUAUUCUUAAAAUCUGGAAAUAUAUUGUUUUCUGUGC